AUAGUUUCGCGCCAGAAUAUGACCUUUGACCCAGAAGCACUUCUAGGUCAGGCAGCAUGGAUCGUUGCGACAGUUUUACUUCCGAUUGUGCAAGAAUUUUCGAUUAUUGACCAAUAUUAGAGCAGGUUAUGCAAGACAGUUCUGUAUAAAACUUUCAGGAAGUAGUUGAGUCACAGAACUCACUACUGGUGUGUAAGUUGGUAGCAAUGGAAGCGUCUGGAAACGUUCCCACAGGUGAUGGAAAGAAACAGCCAGACUCGCAGGAAUUUCAACAACAGCAGAGUCAACACCCAGCAGCCAGGGGCAGGGGCAGAGGAUGGAGGGAACGUGGGAGAGGAGAAAGGAGAGGACAAGGAAAGAGUGACCGAGAACAAAGAGAAAACACAGGCAGCAGGCACAGAAAAAACACCCAGAAGCCCAGGGAUACAAGAGAGAAGCAGACUUCUUCGGAAAAAGUUGGAAAGAAAUCAGACAACUUUUUACCACAAGGAGCGGAGGGUCAAACAUCCGAUUCUUCAGGAAAACAAGUCACAGCCAAAGAUAUCGGUGACUUGCUACAUGCUAUUGAUAAUAUCAAUGCAAAGGGUGGGAAGCAAAAUAUAGCGCACCCAACCAGCCAAUCACAGUUUGAGAGACAUGGGUCAGCCUUUGGAGGAAGAGACAAGAGGCCUGAUAGGUCAGGUGCAGAUAGAGAUAGCUGGAAAGAUAGACCUCACAGUGGUAGAGACUACAACAGAGGCAAAACUUCAAACUAUAAAGACUAUCCACCAGAAGAUACAACACAUUACAUGCCGAAGCAAAGAAAAGAGAAGAGAGAGAGGAACUUUGUUUCAGGAAGGGAAAACACAGUAAAUGACUUCCCUGUAGUGUUACAAGGUGUUAGAUAUGAAAGAGGACAACAGAAUGAGAUAGAUAAAGGUGCAAGAGGAGGAUUUGCGAGUGAUUUUGAGAGACGUUCUUGGAGAGGUGAGUCCAGACAGAAGUGGCAGAGAGAUGACGUAGGUGGGAGGGCAGCAGGGAAGAGGAGGGAGAAGAUGAAGAAACUGGACCCAGAGUCACAGACAGCCUCCCUGAUUGAGCAGCUCCAGACCAACACCUACGAGUGCAUGGUGUGCUGUGAUGUCAUCAAGAGGGAGGCUCCGCUCUGGAGCUGCAAGAAUUGCUUUCACAUGUUCCACCUGAGAUGUAUAAAGAAGUGGGCCCACUCCCCUGCUGCCACACUGGAAGGUGAGGAGAGAGGCUGGAGAUGUCCUGCCUGUCAGAACGUCACCCACAAAGUACCCAACGCUUACAAGUGCUUCUGUGAGAAAGUCUGGGAGCCAGACUAUGUUCGUAAUGAGACCCCCCACUCCUGUGGUGAUGUCUGUGGGAAGAAGAAGGAAAAGGACUGUCCUCAUCUCUGUACCAUGUUGUGCCAUCCUGGUCCCUGUCCACCCUGCCCUGUCAUGGUCACCAAGUCAUGUGACUGUGGGAAAACAAAGCAGUCUGUUCGCUGUGGGCAAGGGACAACAAUCAAGUGUGGCGCCCCCUGUGGAAAGAAGCUGAACUGCAGGGUACAUACUUGUGAGGAUGUCUGCCAUCCCGGAGACUGUCAGCCAUGUGCUGUUCUAGUCACUCAAGGUUGUUACUGUGGCAGGGUAGAGAGAGAAGUAACAUGUGGCAGUCAGGAGUGGACAGGGCAGAACGUGGAUGGUGAAGUUUGUAGCUUUUCCUGUGAAGAUACAUGUGGAAGAGCACUGCCUUGUGGACAUCACAGCUGUGAGAGACUGUGCCACAGCGCCCCCUGUCCUCCAUGUCCCAAACUGCCGUCUCAGGUCAAGUUCUGCUGCUGUGGACAGACCACUGUGGACAAGCUAGAGGAGCUGGGAGAAAACGGCAACCGCAAGUCCUGCCUGGACCCACUACCAACCUGUGGGAAAACCUGCAACAAGCCCAUUGGCUGUGGAUCUGAUGAUGAGAUUCACCUGUGCCAGAAGACGUGUCAUACGGGGGAGUGUGGGCCCUGUCAGGGGACUACUAAACUCACCUGCAGGUGUGGAUGGAAAACAGAGGAGCAACCGUGCAAAGAUGUCAAAGGUCGAACAGUGGAAGACGUGUUCCUCUGUGACAAAAGGUGCAACAAGAAGAGGAAGUGUGGCCGGCACAAGUGUGGACAACUCUGCUGUGUGGAGUUGGAUCACACCUGUCCGUUUGUAUGUGGGAGGAAGCUGGGCUGUGGGCUGCACAAGUGUGAACAACCCUGUCAUCGGGGGAACUGUGAACCCUGCUGGCAGACUAGUUUUGAGGAGCUGUACUGCCACUGUGGAGCCUCAGUGUUGUUUCCCCCUGUACCGUGUGGCACACAUCCUCCAGAAUGUCACCGCAUGUGUUCACGCCAACAUGGCUGCAGUCAUCCAGUUCAGCACACCUGCCAUAGUGAUGACAAGUGUCCUCCCUGCACCUUCCUGGUACAGCGCAGGUGUAUGGGGCAGCAUGAGUUAAGGAACAAUGUGCCUUGUCACAUCAGUGACAUCUCCUGUGGACGACACUGCAACAGACCUCUGCCCUGUGGUGUGCAUCAGUGUCUUCGCAUCUGCCAUAAGGAUGAGUGUGUGAGAGAAGAUGAGCCCUGUCAGCAGCCCUGCAGUAAACCUCGGCAGGAGUGUGGACACCCAUGUGGGGCACCCUGUCAUCACAACACUCUCUGUCCCAGGGUACCAUGCAGGGCAAAGGUGACUGUGAGGUGCAAGUGUGGAUUGAGGAGUGAAAAAGUACAGUGUAGUGAGACCCAGCUAGAACAUGCCUUCCAAAGACUGACCACGUCCACCUUGGCCACACGAUGGGGAGACAUGCAGGCUGGACAGUCAGUGGACAUCAGUGCCUUAGUCAAGAUGGGCAAGGACGGCAAGAAAAUCUUGGAACUGGACUGUAAUGAAGAGUGUGCAGUAUAUGAGCGAAACAAGAGAUUGGCCUCAGCUCUGCAGAUAGAGAACCCAGAUGCAGCGUCCAAGCUGGGACCACCUCCGUACACAGAAUUUCUCAAGGAACAGGCCAGUAAAAACAAGAGCCUCGUGUCAUCAGUUGAGGUUGCCCUGACUAAACUGGUUCAGACUGCAAAAGAGUCCAAGCAGAAGAGUCGUAGCCACCCUUUCCCUCCGAUGAAGCGUGAAGACAGGCGGGUGAUCCAUGAGCUGGCAGAGUUCUAUGGUGUUGAAGUCAUCAGCUAUGAUGUAGAACCCAAGAGGAACUGUGUGGCCACAGCUUACAGGGAUCGAUGCUGGUUACCAUCUGCCUCCCUGAUCAGUGUGGUGGAGAGGGAAUCAAACCCCAAACCUCCCCCACCCAUACCUCACCAUAUCACUGACAAAGGAGCAAUAGCAAAGUCUUCUCACCACACAGUUAUCCCAGCAAAGAAUGCCUGGGGAGGGCCCAGCAAGGAGCCUGAUGUGGAGGUCAUAGAUUACUUUGACAUGGACUAGGAACAUGAGACUAAGAAGAGGAAAGGACUAAAAUCAGGCCCUAAGCAGGAGAUACAGGCUAUGUCUAUGAAUUGUUCUUUUCAAUGUCUUUUUUUGAUGACCAUUUAAGACCUGCAAGACACUAAUAAUUACAUUGUACACAUAUAUACAUUUGUCAUCAAUUGUUGUGUAAUGUUGUGUAAUAUCAGCACAGAGACAAACUAGACAACUACUGUCCUACUGUCAGUGAUAACAAAGAAAGAAAAUCAUGAGAAAGGAACACAGUUACAAAGUUUUAAAAUAGCAGAUGCCCCCUGCUACAAUAGAAAAAUGAAAUAAAUGUAAAAUCAACACAUAUCCUGAUGCAAUGAAACUUGGAAAUAGAAAAUGUAAUACGUGAAAAAACUAUGUUUCUUGUAAGAGUAUAAAUAAUAGAGCCUUCAGUUAACAGGUGAUAUAACAGACUUUUCUCUGUAUCAGAGCACACUAAUUUAGUUUUUUUUUGUUUUUCAGUAUUUUUCAGAAUAAACGUUAAGCAACAGGGAAAAAACAGGCCUAUGCAUUCUACAUGAAGGAUAGCCCCAAAUGUUUUGAAAUGAGCCGAAACAGGCUGUUUCAUGAAUCAAACAAUGAAUUUUGAACUAAUUUUCAAACACAACAGUUACUGCAUUCAAAAAUUUGAUAAAUGGGCUUAUUUUUUUCCUACUAUUGUACAAUGUAGUAACAACUAGAAUAAGAAGACAAUAAAUUUCUUGAACUGUUGGAGCUAAAAUAUCAGCAUUUUGGACAUGAUUCAAGAUGGACCAUGAGUUUCGCCCUGAUUUGCAAGUCAGAAAAAAUGAAGAGGGCAUUGUUUAAAUUGUUGUGGCCUUAGCUAUGAUAGUAUGAAUAUACAUUGUAAGAAAAAUGCAAUAAAAUAGUUCAUAUUAAGUUUGAAAAUCUUUGUGAACAUAUAUGCCACUACAUGUAGUAUGUAUUUUUCAUAGAUAAUGGAAAUGCUUGCAAUAAUAGGUAAGGCCAUGUUGAUUUGAUUAUAUGGAUGACAUCCUCUGGGAACCCCAAAAUUGAUGCAAGCGUGCGAAUAAAAAAAAAGUUUGGC